AGUAGACUUGUCGGCGUUUGGAAGUUUUCAGUAAGGAGCUGAGGAGGUGUGAGGCUGGCGGCACACACAACUCUCACCCCCAGCACUCGUACACAGUACAGCUCACCAGCAGCACCAUGGUGCAGCACAUAGACAGCCUGGAGCUGGACAGCGGACACCCCACCGAGGAGGAGGGCGACUUCAUGGCCGGGAGCCCGGCACCGCUAGACGAGAGCGACCGGGACUGGUGCAAGACCGCCAGCGGCCACAUCAAGCGCCCAAUGAACGCCUUCAUGGUGUGGUCUAAGAUCGAGCGGCGGAAGAUCAUGGAGCAAUCCCCAGACAUGCACAACGCCGAGAUCUCCAAGCGGCUGGGGAAACGGUGGAAGAUGCUCAGUGACAGCGAGAAGAUCCCGUUCAUCCGGGAAGCUGAGCGCCUCCGGCUCAAACACAUGGCGGACUACCCAGACUACAAGUACCGGCCACGGAAAAAACCCAAGCUGGAGGCCAAUGGCAGCAAACAGGCGACUUCCGCGGGGGGCGGACAAUCCCCAGAGAAGAGCCCCGCGGGGGCGGGCAAAAGCAGCAAAACCCCUGCCAAAAAGUGCCCCAAACUCAAACCCGCCGCUAAGAACGGAGCCAAAUCCCCCCAGGGCUACUCCGGCAUGGAGGACUGCCUGCUGGGGAGCCUCAAGGUGACCAAGGCGGUGAAAUGUGUCUUCAUGGACGAAGAGGAGGACGAGGACGACGAUGAGGAGGACGAGCUGCAGAUGAGGAUCAAGCAGGAGGAUGAGGAGGAGCUGAUCGGGCAGUACAAUGUGGCCAAAGUGCCGGCCAGUCCCACCUUGAGCUCCUCGGCGGAGUCCCCAGAAGGGGCCAGCAUGUAUGAGGAGGUAGGUGGUGGUGGGACCAACAGCAUCAGCGCCAACAGCAGACUCUACUACAACUUCAAGAACAUCACCAAACCCAGCACAGCACAACCCACCAUCACCCUAGCCCCAUCCCGUACCUCCAUCUCUUCUUCUUCUUCUACCUCAUCAUCCUCCUCUUCUUCAUCAUCAUCAUCUUCCUCCACCGACAAGGAUGAUCUCCUCUUUGAUCUCAGCUUGAACUUCACACACAACCCUCAGGCAGCACCCGAGCUGGGCAACUCCAACUCAGGAAGCCUUUCCCUCUCCUUGGUGGACAAGGACUUGGACUCUUACAGCGAGGGGAGCCUGGGCUCCCACUUCGACUUCCCAGAUUACUGUACCCCAGAGCUCAGCGAAAUGAUUGCAGGGGACUGGCUAGAAGCCAACUUUUCAGACUUGGUCUUCACCUACUAAAAGACCUCAUUUUUCUUUCUCAGACAGUUUUCUUUUUGUAAUUUUUGUAUUUUUUGGGGGGGCGGGGAGGGAG